GUCCCCUCCCGGGAAGGAGAGCCCGUCGCAGCCGCCCAAGCACGCCUCUCGCCCUGCAGACUUAAUAAAGAAGUCCGUUUCACACGAGCUCCGCUCCUCCUCUUUUUAUUCGGGCCCCGAAGGACUCCGCCGGCGGCAUUCGAGGCUUCCUCUUCCCCCUUUGCUCGCCCCCCUCGGAAGGUUUGCCAAGGGCGGCCGCCGGCUCCCCCUGGCGCUCCCUUCCCACGCCACGGACGGCACGCAAAGGCUUCGCGGGAGCCCGUGGGAGCGCGCAGAUGACGCUUGUCGCGGGAACCCAAUUCCGGGGGAGGCGCGCCGGGAAACCGGGAUCCGCUGGCCAGACCCCCUUCGCCCCAGAGAUCAUCCAGCCUGACCCGCUCCGAGCCACGACCCGUCGGUUCAUCGGACUCCCGGUUCGGCCUCCUCCAAGGCCCGGCGCCAAGCGGAGGGAGGGAGGCAGGCGCAGGGCCACGACAGGCGGGAGGACGCGAGAACGGACGACAGAGGGCCGCCUCCGUGGGAGACCCGCCGCGCCGGGGAGCGGAUCGAGGGCCCAAGAUGGCGGACCCGCGCCAAACUACAUCCCCCGGCAGGCGCCGCGUCCCCCACUCCGAUUGGACGCGCGCCGUUUCCCGAGGUGCCCCGCGAGGGGCGUCUCCUUCGGGCGGCCGUUGGCGCGCGCCGCCAUUUUGUGGGAUUGAAUGACCGGCGGCCGCCCGGGGACCCCCCGCUCGCGCCAUGUCCUCCGCCGCCCCCGCGACGCCCCUCUCGCCCGCGCGGCUCUCGCGCCUGCAGGAGAAGGAGGAGCUGCGGCAGCUCAACGACCGCCUGGCCCACUACAUCGAGCGGGUGCGCGCGCUGGAGCUGGAGAACGACCGGCUGCUGCUGCGCGUCUCCGAGAAGGAGGAGGUGGUCACGCGCGAGGUGACGGGCGUCAAGGCGCUGUACGAGGCGGAGCUGGGCGACACCCGGCGGGCGCUGGACGAGACGGCCCGGGAGAGGGCCAGGCUCCAGAUCGAGGCCGGGAAGCUGCGCGCUGAGUUCGAGGAGCUGCGGCGGAGCUACAAAAAGAAGGAGGGGGAAUGGUCCACUUCCCAGGGCCGCAUCAGGGAGCUGGAGGUGCUCUUCCAUCGGAGCGAGGCGGAGCUCACGGCCACUCUGAGCGAGAAGCAGAGCCUGGAGGCCGAGGUGGCUGAUGCCCGGGCCCAGCUGGCAAAGUCGGAGGACGGCCAUGCCGUGGCCAAGAAGCAGCUGGAGAAGGAGACCCUCCUACGGGUGGACCUGGAGAACCGCUGCCAGAGCCUGCAAGAGGAGCUCGACUUCAGGAAGAGCAUCUUCGAGGAGGAAGUGAGGGAGACACAAAAGUGGCAGGAGCGCCACCUGGUGGAGGUGGACAGCGGCUGCCAGAAGGACUACGAGUCGAAGGUUGCCCAGGCGCUGGAAGAGCUGCGCAGGCAGCACGACCACCAGGUGCAGCUCUACAAGCUGGAGUUGGAGCAGACCUACCAGGCCAAGCUGGAGAACGCCAGGCUCUGCUCCGACCAGAACGAACGGGCAGCCAGUGCCGCUCGGGAGGAGCUGAACGAGGCCCGCAUGCGGAUCGAAGCUCUCGGCUACCAGCUCUCUGGGCUGCAGAAGCAGGUGAGCACAGCGGAGGAGCGGAUGAGGGACCUGGAGGAGCUGAUGGCCGGAGAGCAGGAGAAGCUGCGGAAGCUGCUGGACGCCAAAGAGCGGGAGAUGACGGACAUGAGGGAGCAGAUGCAGCAGCAGCUGAUGGAGUACCAGGAGCUCCUGGACGUCAAGCUGGCCCUGGACAUGGAGAUCAGCGCGUACCGGAAGCUGCUGGAGGGGGAAGAGGAGAGGCUCAAGCUGUCCCCCAGCCCUCCGUCCCGCAUCACUGUCUCCCGGGCCGCCUCCUCCAGCAUCUCGGGCACUCGGUCUUUGCGGAGCAAGAGGAAGCGGGCAGAGGCCGAGGAGCUGCCGGGGCAGACGCCCAGUGGGAGCGCCCGCGGGGGGGCAAGCACUGGCAGCAACCUCCAGGUCAGCCAGCAGGCCUCGGCCAAGGGCAGCAUCAGCAUCGAGGGGGUGGACCCUGAGGGGAUGUUUGUCCAGCUGAAGAACCAUUCUGACAAGGACCAGUCCCUCGGGAGCUGGAAGCUGAAGAGGAAGAUUGGGGAGGGAGAGGAGAUUGCCUACAAGUUUACUCCCAAGUAUGUCCUCCGGGCCGGGCAGACGGUGACGAUCUGGGCCGCUGAGGCUGGGGUGGCACACAGCCCCCCCUCGGUGCUGGUCUGGAAGAACCAGGGCAGCUGGGGCACCGGGGACCAGAUCCACACGUGCCUGGUGAACUCCGAGGGGGAGGAAGUGGCUGUGCGGACCCUGACCCAGUUGACAACCGGCCUGCAGGAGAACGGGGAGGAGGAGGAGGAGGAGGCCGAGUUUGGGGAGGAAGAUCUCUUCCACCAGCAGGGGGACCCCAGGACCACCUCCAGAGGAUGUGCCCUCAUGUGAAAGGAGGCGCCCUUCGUCUCCCCCCUCCUUCCCCCCUUUCUUCCUUUCCCCUGCAUUUCAAGGAAACGACAUUUUUCUAAGUCUUCUGUGGCUUAUUUUUACUUUGAGCGGAACUGAGUUUUAAAAAGCUGGAAGUGGGUCUGAGCCCAGGGUUUCCUCCUGUGGCUGCUUUUUAGCCCUGAGCCCCGGGGGGGGGGGAGAGGCGGGGGGGGGAGGCAGGGCGUCUCCUGCGGCAGCUGCAGGGAAAAAGAACUCAGCGGGGGGGGGGGGGAUUCCGACCUCUGGGCUGCUUCCUGCCUCCGGAGCCUUUUCCCUCACUUCAGACCAAACAAAGCAGAGAAGGGGAUGAGGCAGCCCGGCUGGUCUCUGGGGCCGUGGGGCGUUUGUGUGGCCUCCGUCUGGGCAUCUCCGGCCAGCUUCCUGUUGAAAAUCCCUCUUGUGACCGGAUGGGCCAGCGCUCGGGAGCCAGGGCAGGAGGACAGUGGGGACACACACACACACACACACACAGCCCCUCCAGGGAUGGGCAGCAAAGGACCGCUUGGAGAGGAGCUUGGAGAGGAGACGGGCCUGGGCUCAGGUGAUGAGGUUGAGUCGCGGGGGGGGGGGGGGGGGCUGUCCGGCAUAAACCAUGCUGGCCUCUGCCGAGAGGCCUCCCCCUCCGGAUCUCGGCCAGAUCUUUCCUAGGGCUGGUGAAGAAAAGAGCCCGUACGGUGCCAGUUACUGGCUGGCAGAUCAUAGAAAUACCCCUGAAGUCCCACCUGGCCAACCUUUUGUAGGAGGGGUUGGAGUCUACGGUGGGUUUGGGUUGCCAGAGGCCGUUUCAGCUGGGAUUCCUGUCCCUCGGGGGGGCGGGGGGAACCCACCCCAAUCUUAUCUCUCACAGUCCAGAAAUGACUUUUGUCUUUGGAACGAUGAUCUUCCUCUUCGGACACCAGCCUUGAAACACUGCCUUGGUCUUUAUUUUAUUUAUUUUUUUACAGAGCACAAAAUUUCAAUGAAAGAAAAAAGGUCUUGAGGAUUUCAUGGAACUGCAUUCCCAAGGGUUGGUUAGUUAGUUAGUUAUAGUUUAUUAAACUUGUAUGCCGCCCUAUUCCCAGGGGGAAUCAAGGCGGCUAACAAACCAAUAGGGAAGGGGGACAAUACAAAGAAAACAAGGCAAGACAAAUACAGAAAACAGAUUAACAAUCCGAGUGGGGCUCAUCAGCCCCAGGCCUGCCGGAACAGCCAGGUCUUAACAGCUUUGCGGAAAGCCUGAAGGGUGGUGAGGGUCCGAAUCUCCACGGGGAGAUUGGUUGCUAGUCCAUCACCUUGGCCACUUCGAGGGGCUGAACUGCCCUCUGCCACCUUGGCCACUGUCCUGAGGACUGGACUUAGCUUCCUGAUUGUGCCCCGUUGAGGCUGUGGAAGGUCUCCCUUUCGAUCUCUGGAAUCGAAAAAAGCCUCGAGAGUAUCCAAAAUUGGGAAGACCCCCCCCUUAAUUCAUAGAGUGCAAAGGGACGCCUGACCCGACUGACCCGAGUCCCCUCACUACUUGUGUGACUUCUCUGUGGCUUUAGCUCCAGUGGGGGGGGCUUUGGGGGCAGCAGUAAAGACGCGACAUCCAAGAGAAUAUUUCACAAGGGGGAGAAUUGGAUGUCUGAGAUGGUGCUUAGCUGUAGCAGGAUUGUGACUAGGAAAUC